AUGCUUACUACAAGUUUAUUUGCAUUAAAAUAUGUCAGUGUACCUACUGUAAUUGUUAUUCGUAAUCUGUCAACAAUAUCGGUUGCCAUAUUGGAAUAUUUUGUUAUAGGUAAUAAAAUUGAUAUUCUAUCAAUUGGUACAUUGUUUGGUAUGUUCUUUGGUGCAAUUGUUUAUGCAUUACAUGAUCUAACAUUUAGUAUUGAAGGUUAUAUAUGGUUAUGUGUGAAUAUUAUUGGUACAAGUUUAUAUCAAGUCUAUAUAAAAAAGGUUGUUCAUAUGCCAGAAAUGAAAGAUAUAGGACCGAUUAGUAUGUCAUAUUAUAAUAAUUUGAUUUCUUUAUUGAUACUUUUUAUUCUUGCCUGUGUUAUGCGUGAGUUAAAAUCUUUCUUAUUAUAUUUUCAAUCUAUUUUUCUCCUUAAAAUUAAAUCAAUCUGUAUUGUUUUCCUUUCUUGUAUACUUGGAUUUACAUUAAGUACUAGUGCAUUUGCACUUAAUAAACUAAUAUCGCCGACGUCUAUUAUGGUUGCUAAUAAUGUUAAUAAAUUUGCUUUAAUUAUUCUUAGUGAAAUAUUUGUUCAAUCAACAUUGGAUUUAACUGCGUCAAUUGCAACAAUAUUUGUCUUAUUUUAUGGAUGGUUAUAUUCUCAAACAAAAAAAACCUUUGGAAAAUCACUUUUUAUUCUCGCGACUAUUAUUUUCGUCGUUUUAUAUACUUCUCUCAAAUUUCAACAUGCGACUAUUCUGUUAACUAACACUAAUAUCUUCUCUGAAUUGACUUCUAUUAAGCAAAUUCAUACGACAUUUCUAAGUAAUUUUACCAAGACUUCUAUUGAUAAGAAAAACAAACAUGUAGCUUGA